AUGUAUAAGAUAAAUGAAAAGCUACUUUCUCAAAUCUGUURUUAUUUAUCAGGAAUCAUACUAGAGUAUGAACAAUCUGGAGUUACAAAGUCUAAAUCCAUUGAUCUGCUGGAUCUAAAACCAAGUACUGAUGUUGACGCUGUGCUUGAUAACAUCUCAGCAAAAGAACCACUAAUUACUCCAUCAAGACUGGAUCAAGUUCGCAAGCUCAUYAUUCGACUGCAAGAAAAACAGYUGGAAAGAGAUGAUCAUCAUUUUUAUUUGUUCAAGAUAUUGAGAGCUCACAUUCUGCCUCUUACAAAUGUAGCAUUUAACAAGUCUGGUACAAGUUUUAUAACUGGUAGUUAUGACAGAACAUGCAAAGUUUGGGACACAGCAUCAGGAGAGGAAUUGUACACUUUAGAAGGRCAUAAAAAUGUAGUCUAUGCCAUUGCAUUCAAUAAUCCUUAUGGAGAUAAAAUAGCCACAGGAUCAUUUGACAAGACAUGUAGACUGUGGAGUGCAGAGACAGGGAAAUGCUAUCACACGUAUAGGGGACAUAAUGCAGAAAUUGUUUGUUUGGCAUUUAACCCUCAAAGUACAAUAAUUGCUACUGGUAGUAUGGAUACUACAGCUAAACUAUGGGACAUAGAAACAGGCGCAGAAAUAUCUACAUUAUCUGGACAUUCAGCAGAGAUCAUUUCAUGUUCUUUUAACUCUGUUGGUAAUCAAUUGUUAACUGGCUCCUUUGACCAUACCGUCAGUGUAUGGGACACUAGAAGUGGAAGACGUAUCCAUACUCUUAUUGGUCACAGAGGAGAAAUAUCCAAUGCACAGUUUAACUUUGAUUGUUCUUUGAUAGUCACUGGCUCAAUGGACAAAACAUGCAAGAUAUGGGAUGCUGGCACAGGAAAGUGUGUUGGCACAUUGAGGGGUCAUGAUGAUGAAGUACUUGAUGUUUGUUUUGACUACACUGGACAAUACAUAGCAACAGCUGCUGCUGAUGGUACAGGCAGAGUUUAUAAUGCUGUCAAUCAUCACUGUUUGUCAAAGCUUGAAGGUCAUGAAGGAGAAAUCUCAAAGAUCACAUUUAAUCCACAAGGAACCAGACUUUUGACAGCAAGCAGCGAUAAGACGGCGAGGCUUUGGGACCCACAGACUGGUAACUGUACUCAGGUUCUUGAGGGACAUUCUGAUGAAAUCUUCAGUUGUGCAUUUAACUAUGAUGGCAAUAUAGUCAUAACAGGAAGCAAAGACAACACAUGUCGUCUGUGGAGAUAAUGACCAAAUGCUGUUAAGAGUUGAUUUUGUGAUUUAAACAUUGCUAGUUACCUAAAAACAAAAAUGACGAAUCUACACAUUCUAAAGACAGGAGAAAUUGGUACCAACAAAAUGGAAUAGUUGUGAAGUAAAAACAACAGUACCUUUACAUCAACUUGGGAUGUACACAAAGAUUGUGAUUUGAUGAAAUAACAAAACUUGAAUGAAGGCUUCUUGUCAUCAGCUAAAUUAUGUUAUAAAUACAGGUACUUUUUUAGGUAUCGGUAGCUUAACUCCUUUAUCUAUUGCAUCAUAAAAGUAGACUGUUAAGCCAGACAAAUAGCUAUUCGGUACUGCUGCRCAUUUUACCAACAUUGUUGUUAAGACAUAUACAGUGUACAUGUAUAAUUCAGGCAUAAAGCAUUAAUGUCAGUCAAUACAGGAUGUUAUCAGUAUGGAAAUUUGUGCGUCUUGAGAGAAUUAUGCAAAGUGUUAUAGACAGCAAUUUAGAUGGCCUUAGUAGACCAAUUGACAAAGCUACUGAAGUUAUUACAGUUAAUAAAGGGCCUUCUGCUUUUUUUGCAAAUCAGAGGUUAAGACCAAAAAUUGGUCAUCAAAUAUUAAACAAAUAACAGUAUGAAAACAAACAAAUUARGUUCAUCUGUUCAUGUAUUGUAGAAGCAUUGUGCAAUUUAGGUAUUAUAAGUGAGUAAGUGUUGAUAUUCAUUGAUCAGAUUUGUUGUUUAGAGAGAAAUGAUCUAUCUAGAAAAAAAACAGUUUCACAUAUAUAAUUAAUAUUUAUUAAAUAUUUUUCUAAUUCUU